AACGUAACCCCGGCCUCGGAUACGACGUCGUCCCGGCCGAUUGCCGGCUACAAGAAUGUGGCUGACUAUCAAAUCAGGUGUCCACCGACGCCGCCUACUGUACCGGCACAGAACGUAACCCCGGCCUCGGAUACGACGUCGUCCCGGCCGAUUGCCGGCUACAAGAAUGUGGCUGACUAUCAAAUCAGGUGUCCACCGACGCCGCCUAUUGUCCCGACACAGAACGUAACCCCGGCCUCGGAUACGACGUCGUCCCGGCCGAUUGCCGGCUACAAGAAUGUGGCUGACUAUCAAAUCAGGUGUCCACCGACGCCGCCUACUGUACCGGCACAGAACGUAACGCCGGCCUCGGAUACGACGUCGUCCCGGCCGAUUGCCGGCUACAAGAAUGUGGCUGACUAUCAAAUCAGGUGUCCACCGACGCCGCCUAUUGUCCCGACACAGAACGUAACCCCGGCCUCGGAUACGACGUCGUCCCGGCCGAUUGCCGGCUACAAGAAUGUGGCUGACUAUCAAAUCAGGUGUCCACCGACGCCGCCUACUGUACCGGCACAGAACGUAACCCCGGCCUCGGAUACGACGUCGUCCCGGCCGAUUGCCGGCUACAAGAAUGUGGCUGACUAUCAAAUCAGGUGUCCACCGACGCCGCCUACUGUACCGGCACAGAACGUAACCCCGGCCUCGGAUACGACGUCGUCGCGGCCGAUUGCCGGCUACAAGAACGUGGCUGACUAUCAAUUCAGGUGUCCACCGACGCCGCCUACUGUACCGGCACAGAACGUAACCCCGGCCUCGGAUACGACGUCGUCCCGGCCGAUUGCCGGCUACAAGAAUGUGGCUGACUAUCAAAUCAGGUGUCCACCGACGCCGCCUACUGUACCGGCACAGAACGUAACCCCGGCCUCGGAUACGACGUCGUCGCGGCCGAUUGCCGGCUACAAGAACGUGGCUGACUAUCAAUUCAGGUGUCCACCGACGCCGCCUACUGUACCGGCACAGAACUUAACCCCGGCCGGAAGUGCAUAAACGCUGCACAAGCACGCGUUACCAGACAACGGUGACGUGCCAUUCAUAAUUUUUCUCGUCAUAUUCACAAUCAUCACAAUCAUCAUACAUAUUCAUAUCAUAUCAUCGUGAGUUUGCCUUUUA